AUGGCAGGCAAUCUACUCUUCCAGUCGCUCAGCUUGCUUGUCGCUGCCAUUGCCAUUGGGUGGGCUUGUAUCUCAUUCAAUCUAGCACCGUUCGAAUGGCUGCAUGUGAGGGAAUAUGGCAUCAAUGCGAACGCAUCACGUCCGCAAACCUACGUUCUUUCCGAGGACCCGGUUGUCGUCUACGUGAAGGACUUUAUCAAUACACAGGAAGCAGCUCACCUGGUGCAACUAGCCAACGGCCGAUUCGCCCCAUCGCCCAUGUGGGAUAAUGACGGAAAACCGCACAUCGACAAAGCAUACCGACUCUCCAUGACAGCAAAACUAGACCGGAGCGACGAAACCAUCAAACGAAUCGAAGAGCGCGCAACGUCCUUCCCAUUCUACAAACGAUUCGGUGAUUUUAUGCCCAUUGUAGUACAGAAUUACGGCAUCUCUGGCCAGUACCGCGAUCACUACGACUGGUUUGACGAUGCGCACGCCGUCGGAGGGAAUAUCGCUUCUACAUUCUUCGUUUAUAUACAGGCGAACUGUACGGGGGGAGGGACCAACUUUGCGCGGCUUACUCCACCGGAUGAUGAGAGUUGGUGUGAGUUUAUUGAUUGCGACCGACCGUUCGAUGAAGGGGUUACGUUCAAACCGAUUCUUGGGAAUGCUAUCUAUUGGGAGAAUCUUCACGAUGACGAUGCAGGACAUAAAAUGACUUUGCACGCUGGAAUGCCGGUGACAACGGGCAAUAAAAUGGGAAUGAAUAUGUGGACUUGGAAGGUUGCUUGA